AUGUCAGACCCCAAACCUGUUGAGAUUCCCGUUGCUGAGCCUAAGGGCGAAGCUGUGGAAGCUACUGCGCCGGAGACCCACGCCCCUGCAAUCGAAAACACCGACAAGGAUGUUGCGCCCAAGACAGAUGAACCUACCAAGGACGAAACACCCAAGGUCGAGGAGAACGCUCAGAAAGCUAAUUCGGCUAUUGCUGCUCCUGCUGCGGCCCCGGAAUCCGAAGCCAAGCCUGAGAAGCAGAAGCCUGCAUACCUGACCAGUAUCCCGUCCCUUGAACAAUUCUUUGACCACCUUCCCGAGAUUCUCAGCAAGACUGGCUACGGAGAAAUGUGGGGCGUAUCCUUGAAGAACAGCGAGGAUGUUCCGACCGUCAAUGUGCUGAUCAAGUUCUUGCGCGCCAACGAGGGUAACCUCCAGGCAGCGGAGGAACAGCUUCGCAAAGCUCUUGAAUGGAGAAAGGAGACCAAGCCCCUCGAGUUGAUUGAGUCUGGUCGCUACAGUGCGAGCAAAUUCGGUGGCCUGGGCUACCUUACGACCUAUGAGGACAAUGGCCGUCCUUUGGUGUUCACCUGGAACAUCUACGGUGCCGUGAAGGAUAUGACUGGCACUUUUGCGGAUGUUGAUGAAUUCCUCAAAUGGCGUGCUGCCCUGAUGGAGAUGGCCGUGCAGGAUCUCAACAUGAAAAAUGCGACCUCCGUUAUUGACUAUGAUGGCGAGAAGGAUCCCUACCAGAUGAUCCAGGUCCACGACUACCUCAAUGUGAAGUUCUUCCGCAUGGACCCUGCCGUUCGUACUGCCACCAAGAAAGUCAUCGAAAUUUUCUCUACCGCCUACCCUGAGCUGUUGCGCGAGAAAUACUUUGUCAAUGUCCCUGCUAUCAUGGGCUGGAUGUUCUCUGCUAUGAAGCUCAUUCUGAGCCGUAACACCACUCGGAAGUUCCACCCCAUCAGCAAUGGUGUUAAUUUGGCUCGUGAGUUCCCUGCUGGGUGGUCGGAAAAACUUCCCAAGUCCUACGGUGGAAAGGGAGCAGAUCUCAAGGACGAGGGCCGGACAGUCCCGCUGGUCGAAGACAAGGAGGAGCCCAAGCCAGCUGCCGUGACCACGGAGAGCACCGUUCCAGAGGUCCCUGCCCAGACCGAGGAGCCACCCAAGUCCGAGGGACCGGCCAAGAUUCCCAAGGAUGAGCCCACUCCGGCGGCUAUCAAGGAGGAUCCUGUCACGGAGGAGCAGCCCAAGGAGGAAGUGAAGGAGUCAAAGUAA